AUGACGGACGCCGCGGACUACCACGCGCUGCCGGAGCACGGCUCGUUCUCGGGCCACGGCGCCGAGCGCGUGAGUCGGCGCAGCUCGCAGGGUCCGUCCACGACUGUACCCGCUGCUUCCACCGACAAGGCCACGCCACUACCCAGCGGCUCCACAGACGAAGCGAUGAUGGAACUGGGCGAUAUUGACGACGACGCCGUGGCCGUUGUGCCUCGUGGUACGCCCAAACCGCUUCCCAACGCCUUCCUGGGCCCUGGUUACGGCCGCAACUCGUACUUCACGUGGCGCCUGCGCAUGAGCACGUUACUGGUCGCGGCGCUGGGAAUCGCAGGUAUCGUGGCCUUCUGGGUGUCCAAGGAAAUUGGACAUGGUGGCGUGUACGUACAGGACGUGGGCUACGCACUGUCCUUCCAUCGUACAAAAACCACGGCGUGUAUUGCAGGCACAGACUACUGCGGCGCUUGUGACACUAUUGUGGUGUACGCCAUGUUGGUGUAUCACGUAGCUCCUCUGCUAGUGAUCAUCGGUCUGCCAGCAUCAGGUCUGCGAAUAUUUGAGCCUUUUCGACGCCGUCGAGACGGCGGAGGCCGUCAGAAGAUCCAACGCUCGGUAUUUUUCCAGUUCUGCGAGUUGUUGAGUGUUGUGGUGCUGGUAUUCAGUCUCCUGGUGAUUCUUUACUUCGUUUAUGCCAUCUUUCAAGGCAAUAAUUUCCAUUGCAGUCAGACACGAGCAAUUUUGUACGUGGCCUUCGCAGUGGUGACAUUUUUCGCGAAUUUCGUGGUACUCACAUACUUUGCUCGCUUCCGCGAACAUCUGAGUAUGCAACUGGGAGCUUUUAAAGAAACGGAUCAAACUGGUGGCAUUCGAUCACGACUACAACGUCGACGCAGUAGGUACAAGUCGGAGCGCACACGGGUGGUCAAUGAUUUACGUAAACACCUUUACAAGGAGACGUCGUUGGGUAAUGUAGCCAAGAUGGAGACGCUAUUGGAGUACGCCAAGGAGCGGCUGGGUACGGAAUUCGCCCGUGAAAUGUAUAACGAUGCCAGGUUGGUGUUCAAGCUGUUCGGUCGCUCCAAGAAGAACCCCAUUCAUGUGGCUGCGUAUCUUGGAAACGUCCAGGCGCUGCAACUGCUUUUCGAGGCUGGAUUCCGUGUAGACAGCUAUGAUAAGGUGUCUCGUGUGCGCUUUACGACUGGUGAUUUGUUCUGGACAUUCGCGCAGAUUUUUGUGACUAAGCCUUUUACGUCUGAAGACGAGAUGGCGGCCUCAAUCUUCCGCACGACGCUGGUUACGCCACUGCAUUGUGCUGUGAGUACAGGGCAGAUCCAGGCUGUGCAAUGGCUUAUUGAACACGGGGCCAACGUGAAUCUCAAGUCCAAAGCUUCGUACUGGUCCGACCGGAUGCCGCCGCUUUUCGUCGCUGAUAACCCGGAUAUCGUAACUCUACUGCUUGAGGCGGGUGCGAACCACCUCGAAGUACCCGAUCCUGGUCAUAUGAACACCCUGACAGUGUUGCAGAUGGCCUACAUGCGAGGCAACUUCCCUGUUGCUCACGAACUGGAAGAAUGGGGUGCUGAUGUGGCGCUUACACCUCUGCAUGAAGCAGCUGCCAAGAACAACACAUCAGCUAUCAAGAAGCUACUUAAGACUGGCGCGGAUCCAAACUGUGUGGGCGAGUAUGGCUACACUGGUAUGCACCGUCGUACACCGUUGCACUGGGCAGCAAUCACCGGCGCCGUCGAAGCAGUGAACAUGCUGCUAGAAGCUGGAUCCGAUCCAGAUUUCCAGGAUGUCUUCGGUCGGUCGCCACUGCACUGGGCUGCACGUGUCAACAAGCCACAAGUGGUUCGAUUACUACUGAGCAAAGGCGCUGAUGUGAACUUGCGCGACUACCGUGAUCACACUCCUCUGCUGUGUGCUGCAUCCUCCAAGAACGUGAGUGUCGACCUGUUUGAAUGUCUCGUCGAGCAUGGCGCAGAUAUCGAUGAUCGUCUUUCGAAUGGCGAUACAGCGCUGCAUAUUGCUAUGAAAUGUGAGCAGAAAGGAACGGCCUUGGCACUACUGGACGCAGGAGCGGAUGUAAUGGAGACGAAUCGUGAUGGUUACCGCCCAGUGGACUGUACCACGUCGACGCAGUUACAGUUCGAGAUCAAGCAGGCUGCUGGAGACCGCGACGUUAUGAUCAGUUAUACGCACUCGCACAGUGAAUUCGCAUUGAAGAUCCGCGACAGUCUUGAGCGUGCGAACAUCACGUCUUGGCUUGAUCUAAUGGACCCCACAGGUAUUGGAGGUGGUUCAGUGUGGCGUGAGGAAAUCGCGCGUGGCAUCAAGAACGCAGAAGUGAUCAUUUGUCUGUACACUGAGGACUACCCAGGCUCGGAAUGGUGUCUCAAGGAGCUCGCUUUGGCUAAGCAACUGGGAAAACCGAUCAUCGCCGUGUCUCCUGAGGGCGCACCAGUCACGGAUGAGAUGCAAGUGUACAUUUACACACGACAAAUGGUACCGUUCGAGUCGGCGAUCAAGAGUAUCAACGACGCCAACAAACGGAAAGUGAUGUACGAGUACGACGAGGAGCGGUUUGCGGCCCAGUUCCGUCUGCUAUUGGACGGUGUACGCGAUGAGAUUGAGAAGCAUCGCGAGGCAAAUAUUGUCGGCGGCAGUAGACGUCGAUUGGCCAAUGGCACCAGCGUGGCUGGAUUCGGUGAGAACAUCACGGAUUGGGACCCAGCCACUCUGGAUAAUAUCCAGUUCGCCUUCGUCUCGCAUGGAGAUCAUCAUCACAGCUUCGUCAAGCGAUUGCAUGACCGACUACAAGACAACCAGGUGCGGUGUUUGCUGGACGGUACACAGUCGUAUACGGACAUGACAGAGCGUAUCCACGCUGCCAAGGAGGCUAUCCUUAAGUGCGAGGUGUUUAUAGUGGUGCUGUCGAGGAAGACCGUCAAUAGUGAGCUGGUGAAGGAUCAACUGGCGUUCGCGGAAGACAAGGGGAAGCCGAUCUUGCCAGUCAUGCUUAAUGACAUGGAAAUCCCGCUGGAUAAACACUACACGCUCUCGCGUCUGGAGCUGCUCCACUUCACGCCGGAACUGGGCUUCAACUCAAGUUUCAUGCAACUUCUGGGCCGCGUGCGGGAUAACAUGACGAGUGCGAAUGCGUCCUUCAACGCACCACGUGCAUCAACACGGCCGACCUUCCGGGCCGUAGCUCGAAUGACAGCCAUGGGGCAUGCGCGGCAGAACAACAGCAUGGCUGUCAACGCCGCCGCCCGCGCCUUCCUAGGACGUCCUCGACUCUCGGAAGCGGGGGUGGCUCUCGUUUAA